UAGUUGCCAAAACAUGGGACAAAAAGGGAAAGGAGGAGAAACCGGCGUAACUGAGGUGCAUCGACGAAGUAGAGGCAAAACCUACAUAGGUUGCUUCGAUACCAGUAUGCUUCCAAUUGCACUGCUUUCAUCCCAUCAGAGUUAAGCUUUCGAUUUGUUUGGACCUGAAAAACUACACUUGGUUUGAUUGUCACCUCGGGUCGCACAGUUAUUACUACCCUUCUCCUGUGAAUUGUCAAACAUAUGCUCUAACAUGGAUAACAAGAAGAAAGAUGAACCCCAAGAUCGGAAACCUGAUGAACUUGCUGAGUCGCUUGAUGACCUAUUCAGUAGCAUUUCCACCAUGAUCAAAUCAGAGCUUCAGGGGACUAAUAAUCACCUAGAACUGUUGGAGAAGAUGAAUGUGAGGGUAGCAGAAGAGUACAAAGGGUUUGGUGAUUUGGCUUCAGGGUUGAGAGUAUUUGUGGAGCAGUUGAAAUGCAAGAGUGGUAGCUUUAAUGAGUAUGUUGAGCAGAUUGAUAACAUUGAGAAGCAGGUGACUGAGUUUGAAGCUGUGAUCUCUAUGCUUGAAAGAUAUGUGGCUUUAUUGGAAUCGAGAGUGCAAUCUGAGUACCAAACCAAAAUCCAUCUUCCUAAUCAACAAUAAUGUACAAAUUUUACUUUUCAUGAUGAACAUUUGCCUUGUUUCCUACUUAGUGAAUGAAUUCCUAGAUUUACAAACUUUAUUGAUCUAUAUAUUUAUGAAGCAUUUAAUAAAAAGGAUGGAAACUGGAAAAUACACAUUAAAUCAC